ACGUUUACAAGAAAAUGCGUUCAUCGACACGUAAUAGAUUCGUUUGAAGCGGGAAAUAAAAACUGAACGAACGGCAUGACUUUCAAAUGCUCGCGGGGCUGCGGCUGAAGAUGAAUCACGCGCAACAAUACUUAUUUGUUGCUCGUAAAAAUGUUGACAUUGACCAUAUCACGACAAUCAAAUAAAACCAUGAAGCUUUGGCACAAAUUAGCCAUCAUCUCCUCUAUAGGUCUGGUGUUGACAAUUUUUGGAUUGACCAUAGGAAUUCUCUGGUCGAUGAUCUAUUCAACGAUCUUAACAGGACAAUUAACUCUGACACCGACGUCCACAAAUCAUGAUCUUUGGAAGGAAACACCUAUUCCUAUGUUUCUGAAGCUGUACUUCUUCAACUUGACUAAUCCACAAGCUUUCACUUCGCCCGAUGGGACAAAACCAAACUUCGUAGAAAUGGGUCCUUACGUGUACAGAGAGGUCGAUACUAAAGAAGAUCAAGUAUGGAACAGUAACGGCACUAUAACGUACAAGAGAAAGAGAACAUGGACUUUUGAUGAAAGUCUGUCGAAAGGCAAUUUAUCCGACUACGUAACAAAUUUAAACCCUAUCACUGCUAGCGUUGCAUAUGCAUUAAAAGGGAAAUCUGCUAUCUUGCGCGAUAUAGUGGAUAGAAUGAUGGAAAGUAUGGGACAAAAAUUGGUAAUAACUAAAACAGUGAAUGAACUGAUCUUUGAAGGGUUCGACGAUCAGAUGCUGAGGAUCGCCAGGAAGAUAAACUUCACCGAAAUACCGUGGGAUAAAUUCAGCUGGUUUUACGAUCGAAAUGGGAAUAAAGAUUACGACGGAACGUUCACCAUGCUCACCGGCAAGAACAGUUUGCUCGAACUAGGAGAACUUACGAAGUGGACUCCUCAGGACAGGAAACUAGUUCCAUAUCCUGGCGAGUGUGGCAAGGUGAAAGGAACGAAUGGCGAUUUAUGGCCACCGUUGCCUGAUAAUAAAACCAUCACUUUUUUCGUAUCCGACAUUUGCACGUACAUGUCUCUGACAUACGAUAAUAUUACCGUUCACAAAGGAUUGUCAGGCUUGAGGUACAUCAGCGACGAUGUGAUGCUCGAUAAUGGCCAGAAAGUACCAUGGCGUAAAUGUUACUGCGCCACUCCUGAUCACUGUAUUCCUUCUGGAGUAUUAGACAUCUCCAGGUGCAAAUGGAAUGCUCCAGCGUUCAUCAGCAUGCCACAUUUCUAUUUAGCGGAUCCGAGUUAUAGAGAGCGCGUCACGGGAAUGAAACCGGACAAAGAGAAGCACGAAAUUCGGAUAGCUAUAGAACCGAAAACUGGCGUCCCACUGAACGUGAAAGCGCAACUACAAUUGAAUCUACUGAUACAAAGUGAUGAUAAGAUGAAAAUGUUUCGGAAUAUCACGUCUACGUACGUGCCGAUGUUAUGGUUCACGCAAGAGGCUUACUUAACCGACGAUUAUGCUAGCACGAUCAAAUUCAUUUUGAUUUUGCAGUCUUUCGGUAGUAUUACUUGUUACGGGAUCGCUGCAAUUGGCAUUCUUAUCCUUUCCAUCACUCUUUUCUUGAUCGUUCGAAAUAAUCUGAAGGAAGAGGAGAGACAAAAUCUGUUAUCGAAGAACGACAACGUUGAUAUCGCUGAUACCAGUGGAUGAUCAAUUAUACUUUUAAUCACGGGAUUUAUUAAUUAAUAACAGAGAUAUUUUCCGAGAUCCGUGUGGUCGGAUAAGAAUCGUGAUCACCGAUCUUUAUAUCGUAAAGAUUACAUUAUUUUCGUUUUAAUUCCAUUCGAGAUAAUGCGAGACAAUUGAGGAUUAUGUGGAUAUUGUCGUUUAUAAAUGUACUCUCAAAGUGUGAUUAUAAUGCUAAUCAAGUGCCUGAUUGCAUUGACGAGGACGUUUAGGUACAAUGCAAAGAUAAAAUAUAAAUCACGAAUAUCGAAAGAGUUAUAUAUCAGAUAGUAUGCGGCAUGCAUAAUAUAAUUUAAUAUCGACACAUGUCUUUUCCGAAUCGAAGAAGUUUAUUCGCGUCUCCUUCACGAUAUUUUUUUAGUUCAUAUCGAUGUACAUACUGUAUCGUGAUUUAGAUAUUUCUGUGAAAUAUGAGAGAAACGUAGUUAUAGCAGUUACAGCACUGUUACAACUGUGAUAACUAGAUUCUUCUUUUAUUAUGUAAAUAUAAUGAGCGGACUGCGGACGUCUAUGCGAAUUCCUAUUUUUAUAAAUAAAAUUACAGAAAACUAAAAGCAUACGAACAUACGUUUUCUCCUGUGAAUAUUAUAAAUUGUUUUUCCACA